AUGGUUCCACGGUUAAUAAUGGUUCUUGAGAGUGCAGAUGCACAAGCAGCCUUUCGGCCGCCACAGGCCCCGCACAUGCCACGACCACCGAACACGCCAUCGACGCCGCAUGGCUCCACCUCUAGAGGUGUUACGGGCGGUCAUGACUCGAAUGCGAGUGAUUUUCAGGACUCUUCGUUGCCCUUCAUGAGCCGAAAAGGGAAAAAAUACAAGGAUCGGGUGAAAGGUACCAGGAUUAAAUCUGGGGACAUGACACGAAAUUAUGGGAAACCCGUCCCCCCAAGUCAUUGUACCUACUUCGAGGGGAUGCAUAACUACCGCCCUGAGCGCGUACCAGAGAAUUAUACUUAUAUUUUUUUCUUUUCACAAUACUGGUCCACAAAUAAGUGGAGAAAGAAUUCAAAAAUUGCUCAACAUAACUGCAAAGUCGCAGAUGCUAAUGGGUCGACAGCAAGGCAUACCGCGGGUAGUAUAGGAUUUGACGAGCACCGUAACAACUUAGACAAGAUGAUGGGUAAACCACCCACACAAUUUGAUGUUUUCAUGAAGACGCAUGGCACAACUGAGUUGAAAAAAAUAUAUUUUGCGGGAGAUCAUAAAAAUCUUGAAUAUUGCUCACAAAUUGCCAAAGAAGGAGAAGAGGCGUAUCUACAGGAGUUGGUCAAAAAAUACGGAGAAGACCCUUCAAACCAUAAAGAUGUUGCAGGUGUAUGGGAGGAAACCCAACUUAGGAGAAAAGGAAAGAAGAAGGGUGAUAUCUAUGGCAUAGGAGCAUCAGAUAUACAUUUUGUGGUUUCUAGGACACCAUCUUCUCAAUCCACCCUAUCCACCCAAUCAGAUAGUACACAACAAGAGGUAUGUUGUUAUGGUUUAAAAGUUAAGUAA